UGACAGGAAAGUGUUUCCAGCAUCCCGAUCGGUUUGUUUACAAGUUUCAACAUAUCUACUCACAAUAUAUAUAGAAUGACAACUCCAAAAUACCUAGGUGCAUAUGAAUACGAACAGACAUAGCCGUUUUGUCAUGUGGAUUGAAACAUGAACAUGUUGCUGGAAUGUGAUGCUCAUCAGCUGUGACGAUGAAGGUAGCACCAAAAUCCUUUUUCAUCCUUCUGUUUUCAAGUUUACUUGUCUUCCUACUGCUGGCAGUUUUUAUUCUUCUAUGGUCAAAUCAGGAAGAUGAAAUCUUGGAGGACAAACACAUUAAACUAUUAAGAACAGAAAAACAGACUGUACUUUCAUCAGUGAUCAAUGAUGUGACCCCAUCACCACGAGAUACUCGCUGUACCUUUCAUACCUGUCUUGAGGUAUAUCACUGUGGCUACAAUGAUCAGAAACAACUGAGUAUUUAUGUGUAUCCUCUAGAGCAGUUUGUUGAUGAUAACAAUGAGGCUGUGACCCUGCCAAUGUCUCGAGAGUUCUAUGACCUGCUGGAGACAAUAGUAAACAGCCCUUACUACACCGAAGAGCCAGAAACAGCCUGUUUGUUUGUACCGUCUGUUGAUCUCCUAAACCAGAACAACCUACGAUUGAAAGAAACUGGACAGAUUCUUGCUUCAUUACCAUGGUGGAAUGAUGGAACAAAUCAUCUGUUAUUCAACAUGUUGCCUGGCACAGUUCCUGAUUAUGGGACGGUGCUUGAAGUGGACACUGGGAAAGCUAUCAUAGCAGGAGGAGGGUUUUCCAUCUGGUCCUAUAGGCGCACCUUUGAUGUUUCUAUCCCUGUCUACAAUCCCUUGGUAGACCCCAGAAAACACCCACACAAAUCAUAUCUGGAGAAGCGUAGGUGGUUCCUCAUAUCAGCGCAGACUGGACUACACAAGGAGUACAAAGAUACUGUUGCUGAGGUGGCUAGUUCACACAAACAUGUCCUUACCAUGGAUAGAUGUCCACAGGAGGAAAAACCAUGGAAUUUCUCAAGGAGAUGUACUACAGGAGGACAGAUCUACAGCUAUCCAAACAUUCUAAACGAGGGCACAUUUUGCCUUGUGAUUCGAGGUGCACGAAUUGGACAAGCUGCCCUCAGCGAUGCCCUCAUGAUGGGAUGUAUACCUGUUGUUGUAGCAGACAGCUAUGUCCUGCCAUUUUCAGAAGUUCUUGACUGGAAAAGAGCAGCAGUGAUAGUUAAGGAAGAUGACUUGGGCCAGGUAAUGGAGGUACUGAAGUCAUUCAGCCUGGAGAAGAUUUACCUGAUGCGUAAACAGGUCAAAUUCCUGUGGGACAACUACUUUUCCUCAAUGAAGGCUAUCACACUGACAACUCUACAUAUUCUCAAUGAUCGCAUUUUCCCUCACGUUAGCCGUACUGAUGAACAGUGGAACGAAAUUCCUAACAAGAAUGCUGUAAGGAACCCACUUUUCCUGCCAUUGAUACCUCCUAGUAGCCAGGGCUUCACUGCGGUGAUUCUCACAUAUGACCGUCUCCAGUCCCUGUUCCAAGUCAUCCAUCAAGUGGCCAAGGUCACUAGUCUAGCCAAGGUCGUUGUAGUUUGGAACAAUCAGUUGAAAGAGCCUCCUCCCAUGUCUAGUUGGCCAGACAUUGGAAAGCCAGUCAAAGUGAUCAAAACUAAUAAAAAUAUACUUAGCAACAGGUUUUUCCCAUAUGAUGAGAUUGAAACAGAAUGCAUUUUGGCACUUGACGAUGACAUCAUUAUGCUGACAGCAGAUGAACUGGAAUUUGGAUAUGAGGUUUGGCGAGAGUUCCCAGAUCGCCUUGUUGGUUUUCCAUCACGUGUUCAUGUACUAGAUAAUACAACACUGAAAUGGAAAUACGAAUCAGAGUGGGCAAACAACAUAUCCAUGGUCCUGACAGGGGCAGCAUUCUACCACAAGUAUUUCAGUUACCUAUAUUCCUUCCACAUGUCAGAAGUCCUCAAGAACUGGGUGGAUGAACACAUGAACUGCGAGGACAUUGCUAUGAACUUUCUCAUUGCCAAUAUCACUGGGAAGGCACCGAUAAAGGUGACACCUCGUAAGAAGUUCAAGUGUCCCGAAUGUACCAAUACAGAGAUGUUGUCUUCAGACAUUAGUCAUAUGGUGGAACGAUCAGAAUGCAUUAAUAAGUUUACUAGUAUAUACCAGGCCAUGCCGCUCAAGAUUGUUGAAUUCCGAGCAGAUCCUGUGCUCUACAAGGACGAUAAUAUCCCCAAUAUUCUUAAGAAGUACAAUGAUAUAGGAAGUUUAUGAUACUGCAUAAAUAGCUGAUACUACUUAGUGGUAUUGGGGAUGUACAUUCAAAGCAUUUUGUGCUGUUUUUGAAAAUGUCUUUCAAAUUUGCGUGGAACAAGUUGGGAUAUAUAUGUGUAGGCUACAGAGAGGUUGUGAGGAACACGAAGGAAAUCAUAUUAUCCAAUCAUAAAUGUCUUACAAAACUACAGAAUGCUGAAUUAUAUGUUGUGCUCUCACUUUGAGAAUCUCAUUUGUUCUUCGUUUGGAGAAGAUUCUCUUUAACACAAGGUGCUAAAUAAUUUCUAGUCUCCGAUAAUACCAUUGAUCAAAGAGUGGAUUACUGUACUAAUAGCUAUAGAGUUAGUCUUACCUGCAAAACAUGAACUAUUAGAAAAACAUGAAAUGGGAGAUAAUUAUAGGAGUGAGAGAUGAUUUAUACCGGAUAAUGAUGAUGAUGUAACUAAUGAAGUUACAAAUUGUUGUGUGUAUCAUUGCCUGCUGUUAUCAGUUGAUCAGUAGAAAAGACUAAUAAUGCAAUUUUCUUUUAAUUAUACAUGUUUUUUUUAAUGAAAUUGUAUUUAUAUUUCUAUAAUUUUUUGACCAUGUUGGGCAUGAAUUUUUAGAACAAAUUUACUACAAUUUAUUUAGCAUUAGUGAGGUUGUUCUGUGACGAGCUCUGUGAUUUAGUACUGGAGAUUUUAAAGGUUUGUCUGGUUCAGUGAUAUAUACACUGAACAUGUGGGAGUUAGUAAUUACAAUUACUGCUCAAUAGAAAUGUGGUUGUUUCUCAUUUUCUGUGUAAACAGCUAUAUAAUGCAUGUGUAUGAAAUAGUUAUUCAUAUUGUGUGUAACACUUGUUAUAGGGAAUGUGUGUUUGUAAAUGUGUCCAUCUUGUUAUAUAUGUUAACAAGUACUUGUAAAUGUUAGUCAGAAAUUUGUGUCACUUGUAUUACAUACCUAUUCUGCGCACAACUAGUAUAAAUAAACAUUUACAACUUGUUAUAGGGAAUAUUUGUCAGUAACAAAGUUAAAUAGCUUAUUUGUCUUUCAAAUACUGCCAGUAAAAUAUAUCUGUUGAAAGAUUUUUAUUAUAACACAUAUUCAGCAUUUUGAAUUCUUCUGGGGUUUUUCUUUGUUUUUUUUUCCCCAGAAUGUUUGAGUUGAAGACCAGAUAAUUAUAACAAGAUAUCAAAAACUGGUCUUGUUCAUUUUAUAUUUUUAUUGUUUGAUAUAACAAUUAUAUAUCUACAAGUUAUCACACAUAUAUAUAUAUAUAUACCUAUAAUGACCGAUCAAUGACUAAUGAGAUAUCAGACCUCACUUAUGUUUAGACCUUUGUUCAUGACAAAUACAAGUAAUUUUUUUCAUUAUUACCAGAGUAUGGUUGAAUAUACUACAAAAGAAAUGAAUUAUCAACUCUAGUGGAAUGAUGGUAUGAAGUGUAUUUCUACGUAUAAUUAUGUUGGCUCUGUUAAUAUUUCAUGUCAACCUUUUGAAUAUUUUAAUGUUUUCAAUGCCACUUUGUACUUCAUACUUCAUUGAUAUUACCAUAUUAAAGAUUUUGUAUACACAUCA